GUGCCAGUAGCGCUGCGAACAAGUCUCGGCUGCCAAGUCUCUUGUGACACACGUACGCAAAAUGACACGCAUUUUCGUCAGCCUUACGCAGGUCUUGGUAGCGGUGGCAGUCGCUAGGACUUCCUUGAGCAACACCAUUACUACCGCGCACGACAGGACGGCCCCGUAUCUGCAAGCGACCACUGAAUCCCUUGAGCAUAGAGACGAAGUCCCACCCACACUACAACCAACGCCUUUUCUACGGGAGGACUGCGUGAGUCCUUACUUGAGAAUCGCCGGCCAAUGCCUUUCCAUCCAAAGGAUACUCAAUGUAACAUGGGAAGGCGCUCGAGUUUUCUGCCGCGCCCUGGAUGGUGACCUGGUUGUCGCUGGCUCCUUCCAAGAUCUUCUGCUCGGCUAUGUGAAUGCAUACUCAAGUUUCAUGAAGAUGUUCCGCUUCAUGUGGAUCGGCGCCAGCAGGCCGGACGCGCACUCGAGCUUCCGCUGGCUGGACGGCUCGGACCUGCCCCCCCUUACCUCGCCCCUGUGGGACUACCAGGACAACGACAACUACAACUGCGUUUAUCUGGGGCUUUACCUCAACAAAAGCUACAAGUACAGGAACGCCGAUUGUAAAGGCAGAAGCGGGGUAGUAUGCCAGUGCCUUUUCUGUUAGCAACAGGAAAAGGGAAGCAGAGCGAUUCUCGUCUCUAGGAAAUGACAUUUUCUUAAGAUUAUUCAUGUCUGAUAUCAGAAAAAAUAAACUUCUUCAGCUUA